AUGACUACUCCACAACCAAGACAGCAAGAUCCAAAUUAUAAUUAUGAUGAUCCACCAAGCUAUUAUGCCAGUCAAUCAAACAAUUCUGGUAAUCCACCAAAUAAUUAUCCCAAUCAGCGAAAUAAUUAUCCCAAUCAACAAAAUAAUUAUGGUAAUCAACCAAACUAUCCUCCCAAUCAGGGAAAUAAUUAUCCCAAUCAACCAAAUAACUAUGGUAAUCCACCAAAUUAUCCUCCGAAUCAGCGAAAUAAUUAUCCUAAUCAACCAAACUAUUAUGGCAAUCAGCCAAACCAGGCUAAUGGUUCUCCAUGGACUACUAAUACGCCUAUGAGGCCUUCAAACUACGGACAACAAACGUCCGGAAAUCAGGGUUCCUGUUGUCAAGAAAUUAUGCUUUGUUUGGGGGCCUGCGCGUGUAUGACUUGUUUAUGCGAAUUAUUAUGUUGUUGUUGUGAUAUGUCCCAGAAUAGCUUCUGA